GCGUGGGCGAGCGAGGGGCGGCACGCAGGGCCAGAGAGAGAGAGAGGGACAGAGGGAGGAGGGAGGGAAGGGAGCAAGGAAGGCAGGCACGGCCGCGCUUGGGCCGCGCUCCGAGGCCAGGCGAAGAAGAUGCCGAGGCGCCCCCGCGGUUGCCGCUCCUGCUGCUGCUGCUGCCGCCGAAGCUGCUGCCGCCCCCACGGUGCUCCGGGCCUGCGCGGGCCAUGUGGCUGCGCCGACGGGUCCCGCUAACCGCGGCAUGGGAAGCGGGAAGCUCUGUCAAAGAUGCACUGGACACCAGAGCAUGCUCAGCCCCUGAAUCAGUGGCCGGAGCAGCAUCUUGAUGUCUCCUCCACCACCUCCUCGCCUGCUCACAAAUCUGACCUCUACCACAGCAGCCGGCAGCGCUUCAACUAUGCCUGGGCCAAUGAUGACAUCUCAGCCCUGACGGCCUCCAACCUACUGAAGCGCUAUGCGGAGAAGUACUCUGGCGUAUUGGACUCCCCUUAUGACAGACCAUCGGCAAUCAACACCUAUGGGGAUGGUGCUUUUGGGCCCCUCAAUGGUCAGAAGGGGGAGAUGGAGCCUUGGCCAAUGGCACAUAGUUCAGAAGGGGCAUACCCUCUGACCCCAAUGCAUGAUGGAUUGUCCAGCUCCAAGGGGAUUGUCCCCCCUGCUGUCACCCCAGGAAACAGUCUUGGUACCUCCCCUGUGGUCUCCAGUAAUCUCUCUGACUCAGUUUAUCCCGGUAACACUUGUGGGGGGGCCACUGCUUCUGGCGGCCUUGGGCCACCUCAGGAGUACUCUUCCAGCUACAGUGGAGGCUACUUGUCAUCAGGAUACUGCAGCCAACCUGCCUCGGCGCUUCCUCCUCCUCCACACCCAUCUGCCUUGCACAGCUCAGGCCUCCUACAGCCCAGCCACCCCACGACCGCGCUUGUCCCGGGCUACAGCCCCUCAGGAGCUAUGUACAACUAUGCCACAGGUAGCUACCCACCUCAGCCUGGCUAUGGUACUAUCCACUCUCCUCACCCGUCAGCCUCUUACUUGCCCUCAGGUAUUGCUGCCCCCACCCCAAUCCCUCCUUCUUCUCGCCCCCCUAUGGUCCCUGGAUACAGCUACCAGAGCCCCCUCCCGGUGCCACCUCUCAGUGGGGAGUCGGGGAACUCUCUGAAAAGAAAGGCCUUUGACAUCACCGGUGAUGAAGAUGAUAGCGAAAGCCGGUAUCGCAAAUACAGCUAUGAGCAACCAAAGUCCCCAUAUCAGAUGUCCGACAGUGGCGAAUGUAGAGGGAAUGGAUUCAAUCGCAGCUCUGAGGUGCCUUUCAAAGGUGGGAAAAGGUCUGUGGGAGUGGCGGCGACAGCCGUGGCUUCAGAGGAGCCAGUUGAAAAAUACAACAGCCAGCCCAUGAAAGGACUCCUCUCGCCAGCCUACAAUGUGGGUGAAGCCCCACUGAGGCCAAGUGAGAGCUUUGAGAAGUUCACUCCUCCCGCUGCAAAUGGUGACCGCGAGGGAGAGUCCUUUGGUCUCCGAAUGCAGCCCAAAGCGCCCACGUUUAGUAGUGACAGCAGCAGCCAGACAAUAGAAGAACAACUGAAAACAGUGGACCCUUUCAUCCUGGAACUAGUGAACAACAAGAUAAUUGACUGUGGCCCUCCAGUGCAGUGGACAGACAUUGCCGGACAGGUUUCUGUCAAGGCUGCCAUAGAGGAAGAGCUAGUGUGGCCCAUCCUGAGGCCAGGUGCUUACACCGGGGUGAGCCGACCACCCAAAACCAUCCUUCUGUUUGGACCUCGUGGUGUGGGGAAGACCCUGUUGAGCAGGUGUAUUUCUACACAGCUGGGAUCCACCUUGCUGAAGCUCAGUGGCACAGCCUUGGUCUCCAAGUGGAAGGCUGAAGCUGAGAAGAUCCUCCAAACAACCUUCUUUGUCUCCAAUUGUCGUCAGCCUGCCGUCGUUCUCCUCACUGAUGUGGAGUCUGUCCUGGAAGACUCAGCCAUCCUGAAGUCCCAGCUCCUCUCCUACAUGGAUAAUCUUGCUACCUCAGGUGAGCAGAACGUGGUUGUGAUAGCAACCACCACCAGGCCUGGCAACCUGGACGAAGCCACGCAAAGAAGGUUUGCCAAGCGCUUCUACAUCUCCCCGCCAGACACCAUUGCCAGGCGGCAGAUCCUGCACCAUGCCUUAGCCCAGCAAAACUACUGCCUCAGCGAGAGGGAAAUGGCCUCCAUUGUGCAACUCACUGAAAGCUACUCUGGCAGUGAGCUCCUCCAACUUUGUCAACAAGCAGGGGCCAAUAAGCUACAUGGCUUGCCGGGCCAGCUUCAGCCCACCUCGUACAAAGAUUUUGAAAGCGUUUUCUGCAAGAUCCACCCUGCUGUCUCUCAGAAAGAGCUGGAUUUGUACAUUGAAUGGGAUAAAAUGUACGGGUCAAGGCAUUAGUGGAGAGUGUCCAGUCUCACCUGUUAGAUCAUCCAGGGCCUCUUUGAGUGGGAGCUUGGGUUUCUGCGUCGGGAGACCUUGUCCUAUUUUAUUGCUCUCAGUGCUCCCAUUUCUGUGGGGCAGAAUGCCUGUCUGCCUAUGGGAACAUGGGACGGGUGAGGAGUCCUUCUAGUCUCUUAGAAAGUCAAACCUCCUGGAUGCAAGAACUUCCCUAGAUUGAUUUGCAUACAUUUGGUUUGGGUUUGUUUUUUAAAAAAUGUCUGAAAGUUUGACUGUGUGGUGGUUGUUGGGUCUCUAUGUUAAUGAAAAAGUAGUUGCUCAAUGAACUCAGGAUAAUCUAUUUAUUAUUAAGCUGUUUCCCCUAGACGUCCCCUUCCCAUAACAGCAUUAUAACGUGUUCAGACAGGUCUCCCUUUUUUUCCAUAGCGCACUUCCUGGCUAUUUCUGUUUGGUCACAUGGGCAUUGCACUCGGAAUCAUUUCAGUGCAUUAUAUCAUAAUUCAGGUGUGUUUCCAGGGAGAUACCCCUGAUGUCCUUUAGAGCCUUCAGGAGUAUAAUUUCUGAGGCUGAUGGCAUCUGUGGGUUUUAAGGGAAGGGGGUUUGGGUUUGUUUUUUUAAAAGUGUAGAUUGUUGAAUAAACUAGCCUCCUUUUUAUUUUUGUAAAGUAUGUAGUAGUGGUUUUUUUUUCUUUUUUAACGACUCAGGAAAAGUAAUUUACCUCAAACCAAGAAGAAUGUUUUUUUUUAAACUCAAGGAAAAUUGUAAAAAAUGUUCAGGAGGGAUUACAGAUGUGCUUUUAAUGGCCCGUUUGAUUCCCACAUUAAAGCAAAAGCAAGAGAGGAAAAAUAAAAGCAAAAAUAAACUUGAAGUUGUUACAAAGAUGAAAGUUGAAUGUAUUUCAGGGGCGUUUCACAAUAUAUUAUGCCAUAACUUUAUUCUUUUUUUUUGUUUUGUUUAAAGAAAGCAUUUUUACCAUAGCGUUUUUGUGGAGUAAUGUGUCUUCAAAGAUUAAGAAGUAUUAGUGCUGUAGUUUUAAAGCCAUGGCUAGUACCACUUUUUGAAGGAAUUGUUCAAUGACAUUUUCAAAUUUCAGUUUGCCAACUCAUUUCUCAUUUUGUUAUGGUCUUAUGGACUGGGACUUCUAAAUGCAUUAUUGCAGUGAGCCUUCAGGAAGCCAAGAAAAAAGUUCUAGCUGAAGCUUCCAAAAUUAUAAUUGCAACAAAACCAGAUAUUUACAGAAAAUGAGCCACAACCUUGUGGUCCGGAAGCAGUGUCAUUUCCUGAUAUAUCCAAAGUAUGAUAGCCUCACGGUAAUCAUUUGGGGAUCGUUUUGGUCUUCAGGCUUGACUUGAUGGUAUGGCCUGAAUAGCUCUAAUCUGAAAUACUUGGGAUCUGAAGUGCUUUGUAUUUCAGAUUUUUCAGUUUUUGGAAUACAAAUAUCCUAAUACAUACUGUAUUGCUAAGGUGGGAGAGGAAGAAAGGCUGAAGAGGCUUGGAUUCACUCUGAACAUUGUGUUUAAAUUUCUGCUGUUUCACAGAUCUUUAUUCUCUUUCCAGCCUGGUAUCUUAUACACAACACAAGCAGCAAAGAAAUGGGGUACAUCUAUGAAAUGGUGGUGAUCCUAGAAUAGUAUUCAGUGUGAACCCAGACUUCCCACCAUUUCACAGGUUCUCACAACUUUUGCAUGUCAUUCAAUCACUGCUUUUCUAUGUGAUAUGAGGCUCAGCAGAGACUUUAGUUGGGAAAGAAUGAUAUUCUGCUUCAGUCUGUAGGUGGUGUGUAGCUGGCUUACAACAGGCAAAGUAAACUGCAUCUGCCUCCAGAACAUCAUACUGAGCCCUGGAUGCAUUUUGGAAGAAACUUUUGAGUUGUCUCUAGAACUUUGAACCUAGGGCAUUUUCCUUGUGGAUGUUUCAUUUCAUAUGUGUAUAUUGUUAGUUUUGGAUAUAAAGCAUGCUGAAACUUAUUGACCUGACCUUUUUUGAGGUGCAGAAACCUGUCCCUAAUCUUUCCGUGACAUUUCUAUUUGUGCUACUAAAUUUUAUGCAACACAGAACCCAUCCGCUUCAUUAAAUGAGGUCUAUCUAUACUUUAUAUUGAUAAUGAUAAGACUUUUGGUAGAAUACAGGACUAACCACUCAUUAUGCACUAUAAAACUUUCAGAUCAAUGUUAGCAUGUAUUCUUCUUGGACCAACUCAAAGAUCACAAAUAACGUGUUAUGUUUAAAGAUCUCCAGAUCUCUUGACACCAGGUAACAUGUUGCAAAAAGAGAUUGUUGUAUUAUACAAAAAAACCCUGCUUUGUGUGCAUAAAUAAGUUUUCCUGUCCAGAAAAGGCACUUUUUGCCCAGAUGUAUGGUGUAGAAAAUGUACUUUCUGGUCAGAAAUAGAGACUUUUUGUGUAGUACAUUUCUGUGCAGAAUCCUUCUUGAAAUACAUAGAAUCUCACAGUAAAGUCAUGCUGCCUGUAUUCUUCUUAACUUCAAAUGCCUUUGCUUGUAACAGACUAAGGUUUGCUUGCCAAGGCUUGGCCCCUUUUGUGAACUUUAGAUUUUGUCCACAAAAUAAUCAUUUGAAUGCAGUGCGCUCCCCCAAACAGUGUCUUUGAUAUGACACGUCUCUCCUACCAAGUAUUACUUCUGUCCCCCAUCCAAACCAAAGACUUCUUGGGAGCCCAUGCUGAGUAAGGCUGCCACUUGAAUAUUUGCCACAGUGAGAUUGCGUGCAGACACAUUGUGGAGAUGUAUGUUAUCUCACUAUACCUGUGGCUAGGGAACCUUAAGAACGAUCGUCUCUUCAGUGUCCUAGAAGGCAGUAAAAGGCCUUUACAGAUCACCUGAUAACAAUUGUGCACUUUUGUUUUGUGGUUAGUUUAGUCUGAUUUCUCUUGCGAAUCCAAAGAACUAGUUUGCCAGGAUGUUUUGCUUCCUAAGCAGUUCUUCACUAGCAUUUUGUAUCGGUGAAUCAUUGCCUGGCAGUGAUUAUCCCUAAACUACAAGGUAACAAAAGUUUAGUUGUCUCAAAUGCUUGGGAAAAGAUGUUGAUGUUGUUGACUUGAGAACCUGUAUGUCGUGUUUUCUGGAACCUGCAGAACGAUUCUACUCUACAGGUCCUUCUUCUUUGAUUAUUGCAUUUUUGAGACCAAAAAUUUCUUUCUCUCUCAGGGAGGGUGAGUGCAUAUGUUGUAUGACAGAGAGAGGUGCAGAUACUUUCCUUCUGUAGCGACAGAUGCCCACCUCUCUCAUGUCUUCCUGAAAACGUAACAUGCCUAUGCUGCUAUACAAAGGAAAGGGGCUGGUCCAUGGCUAAAGUUGGUGCAAUGGGUUAAACCUUUAUGCCGGCAGGACUGCUAACCUGAAGGUUGGGUUGCUGACCUGAAGGUUGCCGGUUCGAAUCCAGGGAGAACGCAGAUGAGCCCACUCUGUCAGCCCCAGCUCCCCAUGCGGGGACAUGAGAGAAGCCUCCCACAAGGAUGGUAAAAACAUCAAAGCAUCCGGGCGUCCCUGGGCAUCGUCCUUGCUGAUGGCCAAUUCUCUCACACCAGAAGUGACUUGCAGUUUCUCAAGUCACUCCUGACAUGAAAAAAAUGGCUAAAGAGAAUAUCUUGGAUCAGCUGGACACAGGACCUGAUAAGAUGGCAUUGCAGUACUAUAGGGGUAGCCUAUCUCAGCUACUGGCUGUAAAGCAACAGGCUAACAAUUGCUUUUGAAUUUGGCAUUGUUUGGUAAAUUCUCAUAUAAGUCGUCAAUAAACCAAAGCACUUAAUACCAAAAAGAGAGGGGGUGUUCAUGAGAGCAGGAGAGGCUGGGAUAGGAGACAUGUCCUGGCUAAGCCGUGGAUUGAAUGGAUGGUUUCUUUGCGAGUGAUAUUCCCGCAUCUUCACUUAAGAUAAUGGGAAUGACUUGCCUCACCCAGGUGCCAUGGAGCUCUAAUAGGAUCAGGCACUUUUUAUAUUGAAGUACUUUGCAUUUAUUAAUAUAAAAAGUCACAGAUUGGAACUAAUCAAAAAUCAAAUCUUUUUGUUGUUAAAAAGGUGUUGACUGUCCAUUCACAAGUGUGGUGUUCUCUCUUUGUGUGUCAUCCAUUGUAGCCCAUAGCCAAAGAGCAUGAACAAGUAUUAUUUUUGUGGGAAUUCGAUAUCAUAUUGCAGGAUGUAUCUGUAGUGUUUGCUUGGCUAUUUCAUAAAUUGUGUGCCAUUACAGGUUCUUUCUUACAUUCUACAAGGAUAGAAGCAGUUUAGUAUCAAGCCCCAUGGACAUCUUAUGUGAGGAAGAAAUACCAAGCUGACAUUUUUGCCCAUAUCAGCUGGGAAGGGGAUUGAUUUGGAGGAGAUGACCAGCAGGAAGAGAAAAGUUCAGACAUCCUUUACUACUACCUGAUUUAUUUUGCCACUUUCGCCUGCUUUCCAUAAGGUGAGAGGAAAGGCCCACAUAACUACUUGGCUUUUUAGGUAUAGGCCUGAAAAGGUGACAUAUGAACUGCUCCACAGUAAUUAGUAUGGAACAAGCCUACAUCUAUGAAUUCUCCCCACAUUCCCAUAAUAGCUGUGAAGAUUGCUGUUGUGACUCAUUUGGCAUUGUGGGUUUCGGACAAUCAAAAAUAGCAUUCUGUCUGGCUAGAAUUGAUAGCUGUCAGUGUUGACAGUUAAUUGCCAUCUUUGACUGUCCUCCCCAUAAGUGAGCACACACUAUUUUCAACUUUAAAAUCAUCCACAGGCUAAAUAGAUAUUGUAAAUGUUUGGAUUUCUCACCAAGGCAGUUCAGUUUCAUUUGGUAGCACUUUUAAUUUGGAAAUUAAUGAAACCUUGCCAUCAUCCACCUAUAAUAGCACUGUUGCAGUUUUUUGUUGGCAUCCAUUUAUACCUUCUUUUGAUUCAGUGGGAAAGUAUGGUCUCUGUUACAUGCCUACUUGUAGUUAUAUUUUAUUCCAGUGUUUCUCAAACUCUUUUCUUCCAGAUGUUUUGGACUUCAGCUCCCAGAAAUCCCAGCCAUCUGACUAGCUGUUAGGAAUCGUGAGAGCUGAAGUCCAAAACAUCUGAGGAGAGAAUUUAAGAAACUCUGUUUUACUCAUUUCAAUCCAUUGGCUUUUUUUCCCCUGUGGCAUAGGGGAUUGUUAUUUCAGAUUGUUGUCUCGAGACAUUUAAUCCCCAAGCCUACUUUCUUUUAUGCUGGUGAUUUAUGAAUACAGUCUGAUAUCCCAUCUUGCAAUUACAGACUUGUAAACUAGAUUCACGUAUCUGUAAGUGCUCAGUACUCAGACAUAGUCUUACUGUCCUCUUUGCCCCCAUUAACAGCCAGGUCAGAUAAAGGAAGUAUGUUCAGUUGGAAAUUGGGGGACAAGAAAGAUGAUGUUUCAACCCCUUCUGCCCAUUGAGUGAAACGAUGACAAUCAGAAGCAGGAUCCCUUUCUCUGUUUCUUGUUGCAGGCUUGCUUACUGGCAAAAGGGAGUGGAAAUGCCAUCCUUGCACCCUGAUUGGCAGCUGAACAAACCUCUUUCACCCAAUCUGCCUGCUGGCUAUUAUAGUGGGAUUAGGGAUUAAGAUAGAAAAUGAUACUUAGUCACAUAUACAUAACUAAGUACAGUACCUGAUGUAGAACAUGGGUGUAUGUUAUUACUUUUUCAUGUUGAGCAAGACUUUGCCAAUGAUUGUAGUGCAAAACCUCAGGGUGGGAUAUAAGUGCUUCCUUCUACUUGUCCUCAUAUUCUCUCCCCUACCACCACUGAUCACUUCUCCAGGCUGUUUUCCUACAUCCCAAACCAAGACCUAUUCCCUGCCUUCCCAUAGAAGGGAGAGCGGAAGUGUGUUUCAUCUCAGUACACUUAGUGGUGUUUCACAGUGACCAAAUUCACCCUCAGCCAUCCAGAAGCCUUCCCUAUGCUCCUCUCUGGCUAUUUCCUUUGUCUCCCUUUAAUACACUAAUGAAGCCUGGUAACCCACUUAUUAACUAUUCCUUUUUUUCCCCUCCCACUUCAGGGCACAUAGUGUAAGGAGAGCCAUGGCUGCAUCUCCCAUAGCCUCAUUCCAUAUAUGUAUAUUUUAAAGCCUUUGUGUUGGGGAAAACCUGGGAAGCUCCACUGGAUCAAAAUGAUUCAGGCCUUUCCUUUUCCCCACAUUAAAAUGUACAAGAGUCUAUCUCGCUCUGAUUUUCUUCUUCCCUUUUUCGAUAUGACAUCAGAUUUCAGUAGAAACUACUGUUGUGCAGACUGAAAUUAAACAAGCACUUGGCUAAGGCAUGACUAACAACCACAAAUAAAGCAAUUUUCAUUCCAUAUGCAACUAUUUCUUCACUCUCAAGCACAGGUGAUGUAGCUAAAAUAACAACAGGAAUUACACACAACCAGUCUGAAAAUUGAAUAGUUGAUCCAUACACUUUGCUCCAAAGUGUUACUGUGGGAGCAGAAUGCUGACUUCUUAUGGUAGGAGUGAUCAUGUUUUAGUCCCUAAUAAGAAAUCCAUCCAUUUCUCUCCAUUCACAACCAAUGCAGUUUAAUCCUUUCUCAUUUGCAAUGCCAAAUAUGUGGUACAGCUUCCUAAAAAUGACAGUGUUUGUUACAAAAGCAAAUUUUGGUCUUCAUGGUUAUGUCUAGCUGUGCUUGCCUAGCAUAUAAUUUCUGAGCAAUAAUUCUGAUAACAAUUAAACAUCCCUUGCCUAUAAUCAAUAGAUACACUAUCUACCCACAAAUUGUAAAAUGUAUAUUUUUAAACAAAAAACAAAUAUUACAUCUACACAAGGAUGUUGAGGUUUGAAAUAGUGGAGAAUAAUUGGUUUUGAGCACUGAAUUAAACUGUAGAUUGCACAGGAUGUAUUUUAUGUACAUAUAUGUCGCUUGAAAAACAGAUUUCCUGUAAAAGUAAGACAUCUAUUAGAAGUGAAAUACAAGAGAGUGAAUCUGUCCUGCCCGACAAGCUUGGCUGCUUUACCAAAGAUAUUUCGACUUUCUGGUUUGCUGAUCAUGCCAUGUGAAGCUUUUUGUUUGUAUUGCUGCUUCCCUUUAGAUAAAUUCUAGGAUGUCAGUUCUGUGAGAAAGAAGCAGUGAUGGCCUUGAUACUACACAUAACUGAUGGGGUAACUAAAUGACUUUUUUGUGUGCUCAUAUGAUGACUCCAAAGUACCAGGAAGUCCAUUGUAGGAGAGUUAAUGUGGCUCACAGCAUUUGUUCCCACUGGUGAAAAGUGAGAUCAGUGGAGGAAGCUGGCUCAUAUUUGGGGGGCUUUGAAUGCAAUUUCCUGCUUCUCGGCAGGGUGUUGGACUGGAUGGCCCACGAGGUCUCUUCCAACUCUAUGAUUCUGUGAUCAGUGGUUGCUGAUUGGCUCUCUGCUCCCCCUUUUAAACAAACCAUAGCUCUUUUGUUCUUCUGCCUCUUAAAAAGCCUGGGAAAAGAAAGUGUGUGUAAAGCUAGGUUCUACAGGAGUGUAAAGGGGAGACACAAUUGGCCUGGGCUGCACUGCUGACAUCAACAGGAAUGUGAGGUUCUUGUUAUUCGUUUGUAGGGACUAUUAAGCAGAGAAGGGGGGUGGGUUUUUGGAAAGAAACGUCAAUUUGAGAUGUGGUGCGAAACAUAGAAUUUAUUGUGGUGAUGAUGGACCUGAAGGAAAAUUUUUAGGAUGAGAGUGGUAAGCAAGAGUAGAUUUCAAGCAUCUGAUCUUAGACAACUGGCAUUUAUGUCAACAUUGUUUGGCAUUCUACUCCAGAAUAGGAGUGUUAUGGCAGCUCAUUUUUAUGUAGUCUAGCUCAGCGGUUCCCAAACCUUUUUGGCCAUGGAAACUUUCAGAAGACUUUUUCCCUUUCUAGAACCCUAAAUCUGUCCUUGAUUUUCCUUUGGAACCCUAUCAGUGUCCCUGUGCACUAUGAACCUGCAAUUUUUCUUCUUCUUUCCUCUACUCCUGUUGCUUGGGUAUUUUGUAUAAUGUAGGUUUGGAAAUAAAGAGAUUCAGAUUUCGUUUUUAAAGCAGAGGUACACUGAAUUUCAAUAAGAUCUUCAAACUCUGGCAAUUUUUUCACUGAACUCCUGUGAUGCUUUCAUGGAACCCUAGGGUGCUGUGGAACACAGUUUGGGAACUGCUAAUCUAGUACUCUUCUUUAUAGUAGUGACCAGCUAAAUUCCCCCACAGGUAGUUUGCAAGCAGAGCAUGAUAGCAACAAAACAUCCUUGAUUGUCAUCAGCAAACUAACAUUCAGACAUAAACUGUCUCCAGACAUAAAGGCACUAGUUCAGUGGUGUUUUGGCCUUCAACUGCCAAAACACCCAGAAAUCCUAACAGCUGGUAAACUGGCUGAGAUUUCUGGGAGUUGUAGGCCAAAACACCUGGGGACCCACAGGUUGAGAACCACUGCACUAGUUAGUUGGAAAGGGCAGGUUUCCAUUAACAAACUUAGAGCUUAAAAAUUUACAUUUUCGGACUGUUGCUCCCAGAACUGUGAAAUGAUUCACAGGCCCCACUGUCUUUGAAAAGCUGUGGAAGUCUUCUACCAAGGAAAAAGUUGUGUGUGAUUUCCAUAGCAUUUUAUGUGUGUGCUUUCUGCUUGCUGACUUACGUUUGGAUUUAAAUGUAUGUAUGUCUUGCAUUCAUUUGCUCUGGACAUUGAAUUUACUGAACAUUAGCUUUUCAAAAUAAGGUUUUCCCUGCCUCCUAUUAGUUUGCUUGUCUCUUUCUUCUCUUCCUUUCUCUCUUCCUUUCCUUCCCAUGUAACGGAAAUAGCCCUUUCAAACAUGCACUCUCCAUAGUUUAAAACACAUCCCACAUGCCCAAGACAUUCUCUGUGAGGUUUCUGUGUGCAGGAGGCUUCCAACCCGGAGGAGCAGUUCCUGGGUAGUACAGAAGGAUGUUCUCGCUUGAUUUCUCUCCCCCUGCAGUCUGUUGUGUCCAAUGAAAAUUUGCGGUAUAGAUUUGGGAGCAUUUCUGGAAUUGUAAGGGAGGGGAUAUUGCGAGAUUGGGCACUCAACAAGACUCACUUUUGGCAUAGAACUCUACUGGGGCAUAAAAGAGGGCAACCAAAGAUUGAAUUCAGCCCAGAGAUUUGUGGCACUGUUACUGUAACUUCAUUCCCAAAGGCUUCCUUGAGUCCCAGUCUUAGGGGAAAGGAGAAAUAUAAAUCAGGAGGAGGAGAAGGAGGCACAUUUAGCUAAUAGUGAUCAAUUGUUUUAACAAUUUUAAUCUUGAUUUCUUUUCUUGCUGAAAGUUGAAGGUUGUCAAAUUGCUCUAGAUAUCGUGGACUUCUGUCUCCAGAAGACUUUACUAUUGGCUGUUUUGGCUAUGGCUUUGGGGAGGUGCAGUUCAAAAUAUCUGGGAAACCAAAGUCUAAGAACUAUUAGACCAGUGGUUCUCAACUUGUGGGUCCACAGGUGUUUUGGCCUAUAACUCCCAGAAAUCCCAGCCAGUUUACCAGCUGUUAGGAUUCCUGGGAUUUGAAGGCUAUAACAUCUGGUGACCCACAGUUUGAGAACCACUGAUCUAGAGGAACUCUGAGAUUAUUUCACCUUUAAAAAUCUUCCUGGCCAUGGGCAGCUGCAAAAGCAUCUUAUUUGCGACCCAAGUUGCUUGAAUCUAUUCAAUACAGCAGUGUGUUCAACAGCACAAGGCAGACUUUUGUGAUCUCACAUUAUGAAACAUGGCCCCAGAAUACUUUACAACAAAUAAAGCUUCCGCAUGAGACACGUAAAUGAUAAAAGAAAGACGUGAAAACAACAACACCAAGUAAAGCUGAUGCUAGUAAUUCAGAGAUAAGGUGUUUGCCUGUAGUCAUCUACACACAACUCUUGUCAUCAGAUCUGCGAGCAUUAAGAUCUCCUGAUCCUGUAUGAUUUUGGAACCUCAGCAGGGCCUGCCCUAGUUAGUAUUUGGAUAGGAGAUCAUCAACAAAUGCUGUAGGGUAUAUUGUAGAGGAAGGAAGUGGUAAAAUAAUCUGAGUGUUCCUUGCCUAUGAAAUUCAUGUAGACAGCACACACAAGAUACCCAGGAAUAAUAAAAUGCUGAUAAAAUUUAUUCUGUUGGUUAGAUAAAAGGAAAUUGUUGUCAUUGAGCAGAGCUUUUUUUCCAGUGCUUGGGGAAAAUUGCUUUAUUUGAAGGCUGCAACUCCCCCCAGCAAGCAUAGCCACUGGUCUCUGGGAGAUUCUUGGGAGUUGCAUCCCCCAAACACUACUUUUCCAAGCUCUGGCUUCACUCUGGUGCUUUCAGUACACAUUCCUCUCAUAGAUAUCAAAGAUAUAUAUAGUUCACCUCAGGAAAAUUAUCUUCUCUUUUACGUUUGCUUUCCUCCAAAAAGUGGUACUGGAAUUUUGAAGACUUUGUUGUUGUUGUUUUUUAAAAAAAUCAUGUUUGACUUUGUACAUCCUCUGUAACCAUUUCUACCUCAUUUUGCAACAUAUUGUACAUGAAAGUAUUUAAUUCAUGUCUUAUUAAUGUCUGAAAAAAAAUGCGUUUAAACUGUAAUGGUCUACCUCAGAAAAUACUGUAUUUUAAAAAAGAAAAAGUAUUUCACAGUAUUAAAGAGAUUGCAAGGAAUCAAAA